UACUGACUUCAAGGUCACCGCAGGGAAUAUGUUCUCAUGUUUCUCUUUGUCUCGGAUCGCCGAUGCUAGAUAUUUAAGAAACUUAUACAGAUCUAGUGUAUCAUUGGAGCAGUUGUCAACAUUUAAACCAAAAACUGCUCUAAUAUUAGCUAAAUUAUCCAAAUAUGAUUGUGCAAAGUCAAUGGGAACUCAUUUGAAUGAUGACCAACUAAAAAAAUCUAUGGAAAGAAAAGGUUUUGAUCCACAUCUACUAAUGACUCGGCAUGAAACACAUUAUGCGAAAUUAUAUGAAUUGAAAAAUGCUUUAAGGGAUCAUGGUUUAGAAGUAUGUAUUGUGGAUCGUCAUAAUUACUCAGUAGAUUCUGUUAAUUGGGCAGAUGUUGUUUUUACUGCUGGUGGUGAUGGAACAUUUCUUCUUGGUGCCAGUAAAAUUCUACAUCCUAAUAAACCAAUAAUCGGUUUUAACACUGAUCCUUCAUUCUCUCAUGGAUUCUUGUGUUUACCGAAAUGGUGUAGUUCUAAUGUUUCAACAACUGUUGAUCUUCUCUUGUCAAAACGUUUUCAAUGGCUUUGGCGUCAGCGUAUACGUGUCACCGUAACUCAUGCAAAAAAUGAACAGUUGAUAAUGCAACCUUUAGAUAAAAAUAAACCAAUUCACCAAAACAGUCACGAAAUGAAAUCGUCAAAUGAUCUACUACUGGAUUUGUCAUCCAGUCAGCUAUUUCCAAAUUCGUGUUGUCCAAAUGAAAUGAAGACAACAAUACUUCCUGUAUUUGCUUUAAAUGAAGUAUUUGUUGGAGCUGCUUUAAAUGCCUGUGUCUCCGUUUAUGACAUUUCAGUUGAUUCUGAGAAAACUAUUGAAAAACAAAAAUCAAGUGGUGUAAUCAUUUCAACUGGUACUGGUUCAACUUCAUGGUCUUAUCAAAUUAAUAAAUUGACAAAAUCAAAUAUUAGAAAAUUAUUUGAUAUCAUUCAACGAAUAGAUCCAAUGAUUCUAUCGAAUUCUGUAUUCAAUCAUCAUACAUCAACAUGUUCAAAUGAAAAUACCAAUAAUAUUGCUGCUGAAUUGAACUGUUUGAUGGAAACAAUUGCAGCAUUCUAUAAUAAAACGUUUAUUUUCAAUCCAGAAGAUUGUAAAAUGAUGUAUACAGUUCUAGAUCCAUUAGAUAAUGAUUUAUUCAAAGUUCAUAAACGUCAUGGUUUCGCUACAGAAUUGUAUAUUCGAUCGCUUAUGGAUGAAGGUCAUUUGGCAUUUGACAGUGGUAUUACAUUUCCUUUCAAAUCAGGAUCCAUUGCAAAAUUUACAAUCCUUCCCUCGGACGCAUUAUGCUGCGUUAAAUUAAAUGUUCCUUGUUAAAAGUGAACUAAUUCCUGCCUCAAAUAGUUUUUUUUUCUUUUUUUUUUUAAACUCAAUAUUCUUUUGUUAUUUAUUUUAAAACGCAGCUUAUCAUUGAGAAUCUGUAAAGCAUAUCUUUUCUUUUUGUAUUAUUAUUUACUUAUUUACCAAAAUAUGAAAUGCCAUAUAUUGUAGUCAGUCUGUAUAGUUUUAGUUUUAUUCUUUUUUCUUGGUUAAAUUCAUGCAUGUGAUCCUAAUAAUGAUCAUUCUUCUUCUUCUUUAUUGUCCUUGUAAAUGAUACACAGCUGUCGUGUUUUAUGCUCAGGUUUUAACGUGCUCAAUUGAUCAUCCUUAUUUUUAUGCAUAAAUCAUCAUAUUAUAAGUACAUUUUGUAAAUGAACUAUUUUGAAAAAAAAAUCUUUAUUCUUGUUCUACCUUUUUUCCACUAAUAUUUUUUAAAGCAUCAAUUUAGUUUCAGCUAUUUUCCAUUUAAACAAUUUGUGUAAUCAAGUUCGCAGUGACAUCUGUUUUUGAGUUUUUAUUGUUCAUCCUUUAUUAUUACAUCUAGUGAUAUGUGUUGAUGCGCUAUUCCAGUUCUUCCAGUCCAGGAUUCUUCAUAUCUUUAACAUUCUUUGUUAAAAGUUAUUAUUCAUUUCUUUUUAAAUUUUUAUAACAGAAGUCUAAUUAUUAGUGAGCGUUCAGCAAAUACCAUAUUGACACUGAUUCUUUGUAUAUAUUUUCGAAAAAGUAUCUUUACCAAUUAUAACAGCUUUU